AUGGUGAAAUACACAGUUGAAGUCUUCACAGGUGAUGCUUUCACUGCUGGGAACGCCAAAGCAGUCUUCAUCAAGCUCAUUGGUACAAAGGGUAGCAGUGAACCGCAAAUCCUUGAUCCCUUUACAGCUAAGCUAAGCCACAAGGACACAGAGGAGAUAACCAUUCAACACCACCGACGUGAAGAUGAGGACUUCAUAUGGAGUGUGUAUGACUCUGAAAUGCCUCACAUUGUACAGAAACACUGGAUGACCGACACGUUCUUUGGCUACCAGUUUCUGAAUGGCUCGAAUCCCAUGAUGAUCAAGCGUUGCUCAAAGCUGCCCAAGAACCUUCCAGUCGCUAAUGACAUGGUCAAGUCUGCUUUACCAAAAGAGCUCUUUGGAAAAAGAAAUGGAGGUACAGGAAAUAUCUUCCUGUGUGACUAUGCAAGACUAGAUGGAAUCGUGGGAAAUGUGAUAGAUGGGAAUCAGCAGUAUCUGGCCACCCCUCUUUGUUUACUCUUCAGCAAUCCUCAGGGCAAAUUGCUGCCCAUCGCCAUCCAGCUGAAGCAGAAGCCUGAGGCGCAGAACCCCAUUUUCCUCUCCACUGACUCCAAGCAUGACUCGCUUUUGGCAAAGCUCUUUAUGAGAAACACAGAAUUUAACGAACAUGAGCUGAACUUCCAUCUGCUAUGCACUCACAUGUUGGCUGAGGUCUUUACCAUGGCAACCCUGUGGGCCCUGCCCUCUUAA